AUGCUUCACGUCGGGGUUAACGACACCCCGCUGCGGCAGAUGGAGAUGCUGAAGAGGGACUUCAGGAGCCUGAUCGAGACCAAACCUGGUAGUGGGGUAUCGGUCCAUGUGGAGGUGUCUAAUGAGAGACACAGGGAGCGUGGGAGAACAGCAGGCUCGCUGGAGGGGUCUACACCAAAGGCCGAGACUACAGAGGAGCUGACAUCGCCUCUGGCCCCAGCAUUCCCUCAACUCUUUCUCAAGCAUGUCAGCGAACGGAAGGAUUCAGAAGUUAAAUCUCAUUUCAUAUGGGACGUAGUGAGCAAUUUGUCUGUGCCCCGAAUCCCAAUGAGGGUGUUUGUGGGAGAGGGUGAAGACUCAGCAUGUUAUGGUGUGUUUCUCUGGUCAUGUGUGUGUGUGUGUGUGUGUGUGUGUGUGUCCUCAGUUCUGCAGGCCUGGCUGUGGUGUGUGUCUCUGUGGCCGUGCUGGCUUUCUCACGCCGUUCCUCUGGACUGCAAAGACGAGACCGGAUCCCUCAUCCAAUGCACUUCAAUCUCUCAAGAGAAACUUCUAGAUCGCGUCAUCCAACACGCAGAGCUCAUCUACCGCGUCUCUGAAGAGUCCUGUACUCUGUUUGAGGAUAUGUUUGUCCCGUACCCUCUGUAUGCUUUGAGGAAUCAGGGAGGAACCAUGUGUCACACCAAACCCUUCCCCAUCCCAGGCUCCAAGACUGAGAUUCAGCAGAUUUCGGAUAAAUGGCUGCUUCACUCGGUCCUGAUGCUGGUGCAGUCAUGGAUGGAACCCCUCGUCUAUCUGCAAACCACUCUUAAUCGUUACGAUGACGCCCCGGACGCUCUGCUCAACAAGACCAAGUGGGUGUCUGAUAAACUGCUCAGCCUGGAGCAGGGGGUGGUGGUCCUCAUCCGCAAGAUGCUGGAUGAAGGGAUCCUGAUGCCGUCCAUCUUCGAGCACUCGCUGACCCCAGACGAUGAACCGUCCCCAGAGAUCCCAGAGUCCGUCCUCAGGGACUACAACCUGCUCAUCUGCUUCAAGAAGGACGCCCACAAGAUGGAGACCUUCCUCAAGCUACUCAAGUGCCGUCAGAGCAACAAGCUCAGCUGCCUUUCCUACUAAACCUGCAUCUCAUCUCAUCUCAGAAGAAAAAGCUUUAUUUUGAAGAGUCGAAUGUGCACGUUGACUUAGCAGUAGUUACCGUAGUUAGCAAGAUUAAAUGAGAUCCCUGUGUGAAAGCCAGAAGUGACUUUAUUCAGUGUAACGUGAAGAGAACAGAAGAAGAGUCGCACCGCUCUCACACACAUCUUCACUGGUUGUCCUCCUUUCUCUUCCCAACUUGAGUUUGUUUGCAAUACAGACUCCACGUCGUCUUUUAAUGUCUCUCCUGGUCUCUGGUGUGUUGGCAGGCGUGUGUGUGUGUGUUUUUUCUUAAAGUUGAGAUGGUUUUACCUUUGUAUUAGUUAGAUGGAAAAGCUCUUGAUGCAGAAAUAUGCUAAUUAAGCCACGAAGCGGAUCGUGAAUGUUUCCAGUGUGUGUGUGUGUGUGUGUGCGUGUGUGUGUGUGUUGUGGGCUGAGGGAUUUGUUCUAGGAGAGAAAAAGCUUUACUUUAUGUAUGAAUAUAGUGGAAAUGUACAUGAGAUAUGACACAAGAUAAAAAUCUAACUACUGGAUGGACAAAGA